UGAGAACAGAGGUAACAUCUAUAAUGUUGCAGGUUUGGAGCGAGAGGAAUCUCUCCGCAUAUAUUAUAUUUCUUUGUCCUCGUCUAUAUUAUGCGUUCAUACACCGCCGCACGGAUAGCGCGCUUAUUUCAGAUUUUGCAAUCUAGACACUCUAACUGGACCAUAAGCGGUUCCUGAGAAGUUCCUGUAUGUGUUCCACUGUAUGGCUGUGAUGUGAAAAUGCGCUGUUUGGUGUCACGAAUCAAUCACAAGACUUUGAUUGUCAUCUGCGCUGUGUUGGCACUCAUCACCAUCCUCCUCUGGAACAAGUGCUCCGGCGACAAAGAUCUGCCCACUCAGAUCAGACCUCAGCUUGAGUCUGUGCCCACCCCAGAGAGGGAAGAGGAGAACAGACAGGCCCCAGAGGGCCCGCCGGGAUCCAGAGAGGUCACUUAUGAGCAAAUUGACUGCCUUAUCAAUGAGGAUGUCAUCGUAAAAGGCCGAAGGGAAGGGGGAGAGGUGUACCUGCCCUUUAGCUGGGUGGAAAGGUACUUUGAUGUUUACGGGCGUCUGGUACAGUAUGAGGAAGUGGAACGCUUCGAGUUCUCACACAGUUACUCACGGGUGUACGCCCAAAGAGAGCCUUAUCAUCCUGAUGGGGUCUUUAUGUCCUUUGAGGGCUACAACGUGGAAGUACGGGAUCGGGUGAAAUGUAUCACUGGUGUGGAAGGUGUACCGAUCUCCACACAGUGGGGUCCUCAAGGGUAUUUUUACCCCAUUCAAAUAGCUCAAUAUGGGCUGAGCCACUACAGCAAGAACCUAACAGAGAAACCACCUGACCUAAAGGUCUAUGGCAUGUCAGAGGAGAGAGAGGGUGGCUCGAGUCCGUGGGUUGUCCCCAAGGGCUGCUCUCUCUCCAAGCUCCAGGAUCAAAGUCGCUCUGGGUUUGUGCACCACUUUGUCACUGCGGACAACUCAGACGGUGUGUCUCUGCUUUUGGAUAACGCAAAAGAUUUUGUCCUGACCUUUGAUGUGAAGUUCGUCUCCAACGGCAGCAUCUCUGUUGUUUUGGAGACAACAGAAAAGGGAGUCCCUUAUACCAUCCAUUACAUCACAAGCCCACUCCUCCUCUCGUUCAAAGAGAGAGAGGUCAUCUAUGGCAUUGGACCCCGGGCAUCUUGGAGUACCAUAAGUCGUGAUUUAGUAACAGACCUGCGUAAAGGAGUUGGCUUGUCUAACACCAAAGUAGUUAAGGCGACCAAAAUCAUUCCUCGCCGUGUGGUCAACCUUGUUCUUCGAGGUUCUGGCUUCAUCAGCAAUAUUACUGUUUCUUCCACCGCGCACAUGGCUGCGUUCUUUGCCGCCAGCGAUUGGCUUCUUCAUAACCAGGAUGACCACGGUGGUUGGCCAAUCAAGGUGACUCGCAAGCUCGGAGAGGGCUUCAAGAGCUUGGAGCCUGGAUGGUACUCUGCAAUGGCCCAGGGCCAGGCCAUGUCGACAUUAGUGAGGGCGUACCUGAUCACGCACAACCCAGCAUACCUUAGUGCCGCUCUACGUGCAACAUCCCCCUUCAAGAAGACUUCGGAACAACGUGGCGUCAAGGCGACUUUCAUGAACAAGUUCGACUGGUAUGAGGAAUACCCCACAACACCCAGUUCGUUUGUUCUCAAUGGCUUCAUUUACUCUCUGAUUGGACUGUACGAUGUUGCGGAGACAGCAGGCAACAAGCUUGGCCGAGAACCGGGCGUACUCUUCAGUCAAGGACUGGAGACGCUCAAGGCCAUGUUGCCGUUGUUCGACACGGGCUCAGGGACAGUUUACGACCUUAGACACUUUACGUUGGGCAUAGCACCAAAUUUAGCACGCUGGGACUAUCACACCACUCAUAUUAACCAGUUACAGCUGCUUGCAUCGAUUGACAGCACCCCCAUUUUCAGGGAGUACGUAAAACGCUGGAAGACUUACCUGAAAGGAGGCCGUGCCAAGCAUAACUAAAUAUAGAAAAAUUAAUCACUAUUUUCUUUAUCAGUGGACACUUUUGUACAUCUUAAACUGUUGUUUGAGGAUCAAAUAACCACAGCUGCUUUUCUCAAAAAAGGUGCAUAUUGUAUCCUACUUGAUUGCUUUAAAGGGACAGUUCACCCAAAAAUGUAAAUUCUCUCAUCAUUUACUCACAUGCCAUCCCAGAUGUGUAUGACUUUCUUUCUUC